ACUCGUGGUGUAGAGCUGUUGGCACACUGAACUCCAUGUGUGGUGAGAAGUAAGAAGGAAAGAAAAAAAAAAGCAGAAGAGAGUAAGACGAAAAUUUAGAGAAACCCUUGCCAAUCAUCAGCGGCUACAUUGAGAGGAGGACUGACUUAUCUGGCAAGAAACUUGUUCGUCCCUAAGGAUUUGCAUCUUCUCCAUCCUGAUUUCCAGCCAGUGAAGAAGACCAAAAGCUCAUUCCACUCUGCCUUCAAGACUGGAGUAUGCCUUGCCAUCCCUAUCAUCCCUGCUGCUGAAGCAGGUGGCUGCCAUGAUCUCCCACUGCCCUCUGGCCACCCUACUGUCUCUGCCCAUCAGCGCCCAGCUAAACCACUGCCCCGACCUGGAUAGCACCUUACUGCUGGAGGGGGAGGGAGGUGUCACUCUGCAGAGGUACCAGCCUCGCUCCCCAGAGAGCAGCCCUCACCACUGGAGCUCGGUGCAGGACUGGGGGGAGGAAGUUGAGGAAGGAGCUGUCUACAAUGUGACACUGAAGAGGGUUCAGAUUCAACAGGCGGCCAACAAGGGAGCAAGAUGGCUGGGGGCGGAGGGCGAUCGCCUGCCUCCCGGCCACACAGUGAGCCAGCUGGAAACCUGCAAAAUCCGCAGCAUCCGCGCUGGGACUCUGGAGCGCCUGGUGGAGACGUUGCUGACGGCUUUCGGAGACAACGACCUCACCUACACCUCCAUCUUCCUCUCCACCUACAGAGCCUUUGCCAGCACCCAGACUGUCCUGCAGCUGCUGCUGGACAGGUAUGGGAGUGUGGAAGAAAAUCAUCAGGAAGGCACUGAAAGCAGUGAAGCCAUUAGAAACGCCCUGGCUUCUAUCCUGCGUGCCUGGUUGGACCAGUGUCCCGAGGACUUCCAGGAGCCUCCGGACUACCCCUCCCUCCACAGGCUGAUGGAGUACCUGCGCAAAGCUCUGCCGGGUUCAGAGGCUCUCCGACGUGCCGAGGGUUUGCUGGAGCAGCUGCAGGGUCAGGCCAACAUGGACGAAACAGAUGUUGGUUUCCAGGGAAACAGCUCCUUCUGCCUUGGGGAGGAAGAAGAUGUGGAAAUUGAGGUCCAGGAGGACUUCCUGUCAUUUGAGGCUGACCUGGUGGCCGAGCAGCUGACCUACAUGGACGCGCUGUUGUUUAAGAAGGUCGUCCCCCACCACUGCCUGGGCUCCAUCUGGUCCCAGAGGGACAAGAAGGACAACAAGCACAGCGCGCCCACCAUCCGCGCGACCAUCACCCAGUUCAACGCCAUCACCACCUGCGUGGUGAACACGGUGCUGAAGCACAGACAGCUCAGACCGCAUGUCAGGGCCAGGGUCAUCCAGCGCUGGAUAGACAUCGCCCAGGAGUGCAGGAUACGCAAAAACUUCUCAUCCCUGAGAGCGAUUGUGUCGGCACUGCAGUCCAACCCUUUGUACAGAUUGAAGAGAGUAUGGGCCUGUGUUCACAAAGACAGCAUGCAGACAUUUGAGGAGCUCUCAGACAUUUUCUCUGACCACAACAACUACCUGACCAGCAGAGAGCUGCUCAUGAGGGAGGGUACUUCAAAGUUUGCCAGUUUGGAGAGUUGUGCCAAAGAUCACCAAAAGCGCACCCACAAGAGACUGCAGCUGCAGAAGGAAAUGGGCGCGAUGCAAGGGACAAUACCGUACUUGGGGACGUUUCUGACUGAUCUGACCAUGCUGGACACAGCCCUGCCAGACAUUGUGGAGGGGGGCCUGUUCAACUUUGAGAAGAGACGCAGGGAGUUUGAGGUGAUCGCCCAGAUCAAGCUGCUCCAGUCGGCCUGUAACAGCUACUGCCUGACUGCAGACCAGGCCUUCCUCCGCUGGUUUAAGAACCAACCUCAACUCAGUGAGGAGGAGAGCUACGCCUUGUCUUGUGAGAUCGAAGGGCUUGGCGACAGCAGCCCGACUUUACCCAAACCUCGAAAGAGCAUGGUGAAGAGAAUCAGCCUAUUGUUUCUUGGGCCAGACAGCAGCACACCCAGUUCACCAGUCAGAGAGACGCCGCGCUCGCCUCCUGCUGGCAGCUCGGAAGAGAGCAUGGACUCGGUCAGCGUGUCGUCCAACGACUCCAGCAGUCCGUCUGACAACGAGGGGCUCGCCAGUCCGACUCACAACGCCGACUCCAGUCAAAACAAGCUCUCAGAGUCAUCAUCCUGCACCUCGCUGCACUCCAUGGACACCAGCUCAUCGACCACCAGCGGCUCCAUGACUCCCGCCUCGCCCUCGCUGCCUGGGCGUCCCGGCACCCACAGGCGGUGCAUCUCCCUCACGCCCAUGUCCCCCUGCUCCCUGAGCCAGAGCCCGGCGUACAACACCCAAGCCCAGGACGCGUGCAUCAUCAGAGUCAGCCUGGAGCACGGCAACGGCAAUCUGUACAAGAGCAUUCUGCUGACCAGUCAGGACAAGACCCCAGCUGUGAUAGCUAGAGCCAUGGCGAAGCACAACCUGGAGGUGGAGCCAGAGGAAGGAUUUGAGCUGGUGCAGGUCAUCUCUGAGGAGAAAGAGCUGGUGAUUCCUGACAACGCCAACGUCUUUUACGCCAUGAACACCUCAGCCAACUUCGACUUCCUGCUGCGCGCUCGAGGCUCGGCCGGUCGACCCGUGCAGCUGAGGAGCCGCUGCAGCUCCACUCUUCCUCGCGCUCAGCAUCGCUCCAGCCUCUCGGUCAGACUCAGCAAAGUCACGCUGUGACCUCCCUCUGGUCCUCCCUCGGCCUCUUCGCUAAUCCAAGCCACUUUGGAUCGUAGCAGUAGGAGAAUUCAUUAAUAAACUAAGAGCUCUGAGUUAUUUAAUAUGGACCAGAUGCAUCUCAGUGAGCUCUCCGAGACUGUUUUCAAACUCUUCCCAUUUGGGUCUCAUCACAAACUGUGCCAUCAUCACCUUGUCAGCCUUAAUGUGUAACUGUGCAUCUGUGCAACAGUGACCCCAAGUGGCCUCCGACAGAUUUUUGCACAGGCAGGGAGCAGCAGAACUCCCCGACCUCCAACAGUAUUGUGAAAAUGAGUUAUCUGUGUAGAUGAAGCUUUAAUGUUCUUUGAACGGAAAUGAAACAGCAAGUUUCUGGUGUUCAGUCCUGUUUGACUUUGACUGAAUGGACCUUCAACAGUAUUCUGAACCGUAUUAGCUGACUGAAAGAUAUUUAACGUCAGUGUUUUUUCCCCAGUUGGGCAUCUUGAACAGCCCUUGUCUGGCUUGUGCACAGUGUGCACAGUGUAUGUGUGUACAUAUAUAUGUGUAUAUGUUUGUGUGUAUGCGUUCACCCUCCCCUGCCCCAGCUCUUCCCUCUUAUUGUGAGCUGUGUGACGAAUGCUGUGCUGGUGCAUUCUGAUUGGUUCCUGUACUUGGUUUUAUCAAGUCACUGGCAAAUACUGAAAAGGCCUUACAUGCCCUGUCUUCAGGGUGAAGAGGUACAAUUAGUGCUGCUUUCUGAUGCAGAUUUAUGUUUUCGCAUGAAAAAAGGAAAAAAAAGGUGUGAGGACCGAAAAUGAAUUUGGCAUCCUACUGAAAGAGAAAGCAGAUAAAUGUCUCAGACUGAUGCCAGUUGACAGAUGUCAGUGUUAUGUGAAUCUGAAGGAUGAAUGAACCACUCUGUAAGUGGUUUUACUCCCUCUUUACUAAAUGAGUUCAUGUUUUUGCUCGGGUUUUUUAAAAUGUUUUUGUAUUGUUGUUUUUUUUUUUCAUUCAGAAUUGUAUUCACCAAUGUGAGGGUAACAAGAGAUCUUCAACACGAGUGUUAAUGAACUCAAAUUGUUAUAAAAGACCAUCUGUGCCAGAUUUAACUUUGACUAAUUCAGAAGGACACUUUAUUUUAUUAUCCAUCUAUGUCAUAAAAACUCUUCCGAUCUGCAGGCCAGGCCAGUUUUCCCUUCAGACUAAAUCAGAUCAGCAUCGGCAGGCGCCUACAGGGUCGCGGUCAUAAUACGACGCUGACCAGUCUGACCAGUUAUACUCCAGCAGCGCACAGUUGGGACUUGUGUCGCCGUGCCAGACUUUUUCAUGCAACACUUCACUUUGAGAUGUUUUCCGAAAAACCCAUCCUCAUUUCCUGUUCUCCACUGCCAAAGAUUCUUAUUCUACAUGAAUAAAUUAUUGUCAUUAUUA